CCUGCCCCUUUAAAAAAAAGUUCAAAGUUCACGUUGUACGUGGUGACGUCAGCUCAUGGCGGCGCAUUGAGCGGAAAGAAAGCUCUGCAGAAUGAUGGCAGAUAACGCUGGCAGCUUAGCAGCUGAUGCACCUUCAAAUGAGAAGAGUCCUGAAGAUCUUCAGGACUCCGGCAGUGAUGCUCUGGGCCCUAAAGCUGAAGGUGACCCCGAGGCGCCCUCUAACCCCGACAAGUACCGCUACAUCAAAGUCGACCUCUUCACCUCUGAGAUCUUCAAAGUGGAGAUCCGCAACCUCCCCAAGUUCAUCGGUUUCAACGACCUGAAGAAGUUCCUCGCCAAACAUGGCAUCAACCCGCAUAAAAUCAAGCUGUUCGGCAAGCACACGUGUGCUUUUGUCACCUUUAAGAACGAAGAGGAGCGGGACAAGGCUCUCAAAAUGGUGCACGGCAUGCAGUGGAAGGGCCAGGUGCUCAGCGUCCGCUUGGCCAAACCCAAACAAGACCCCAUCCUGAAGAAGAGAAAGCAGGAGGAAGGAGAGGGAGCAGGACAGCCGGCAUCCAAACGAGCAGAGGGCGAUGAAGAGGAGCGGCCGCUCAGCGUGCAGAUCGCCAACGUGGUGACGCCUCUGUGGGAAGUGCCCUACGAGGAGCAGCUGAAGAGGAAGGAGGAGGAGGUGGUGGGAGUCCUGCAGAAGUUAGCCAAAGAAAUUGGAAGCACCAACAAAGCCAUGCUGCCGUGGCUGUUUGCACAAAAAGGGAAACACAACAAAAUGUGUUGUCCUCUGGAGGCCAUCCGACCAUCUCCCACACAGAAGGAGUACCGGAACAAGUGUGAGUUCCUCAUCUCCAUGGGUGCAGACGGUGAAGAUAAGACCAUCGGGUUCCGCUUGGGGAAAUAUAAAGGGGGGUCCUGCGCCGUCGUGGGGCCAUCUGAGACUUGCCACGUUUCCGCUGCAGCCAAGACGAUCGUCCGAGAGUUUCAGAAGUUCAUCAGGACAACAUCCUACUCUGUGUACAGUCCUGAGACUUAUGAGGGACACUGGAAGCAGCUGACUGUCCGUACCACGAGGUCCAAAGAAGCCAUGGCGGUCAUCUUCUUCAACCCACAGAAACUGGAGGAGGAGGAGCUUGAUGCUCUGAAGAGCUCCAUGAGGGCGUACUUCACAGAGGGAGACGGAAAAGAGAGCGGAGUGACCUCUCUGUACUUUGUUAGAGAUGGCCAAAGGAAAUCCCCCAAUCCAGAGGACCUGCCGUGUGAGCUGGUGGCUGGAGAGAGCUGCAUUCACGAGGAGCUGCUCGGUCUGAAGUUCAGAAUAUCUCCCCAUUCCUUCUUCCAGGUGAACACAGCUGCAGCUGAGGUGUUGUACUCCACAGUUGGGGAUUGGGCCCAGCUGGAUCAGGACAGCACAGUUCUGGAUGUGUGCUGUGGGACUGGAACCAUCGGCAUCUCCCUGGCUAAAAGAGUGAAAAAGGUGAUCGGGAUCGAGCUCUGCCAAGAGGCGGUGGAGGACGCCAAGGUUAAUGCCAAGCUCAAUGGUUUAAGUAAUGUGGAAUUCCACUGUGGGAGAGCCGAGGACGUGUUCCCGGAUAUCCUCAACGCUCUGGUGUCUCCCAACCUCACUGCUGUUGUGGAUCCACCAAGAGCUGGCCUGCAUCCCAAAGUGGUUCUUGCCAUCAGAAGGGCAGAGCAUCUGAAGAGGCUCGUCUACGUGGCGUGCAAUGCAAAGGCAGCCAUGACCAACUUCAUCGAUCUGUGCAGAGCUCCAUCCAACCGGGUCCACGGAGCCCCUUUCCGUCCAGUCAGAGCCAUGGCCGUGGAUUUGUUCCCCCAGACCAUGCAUGUGGAAAUGCUGCUUCUGUUCGAGAGAGUGGACUACAAAUCCCAAGAGCAGACAUGACCAGAUUCAACUACAAGAUACAUUAUGGAAGUUGUGUUUCAGUUUAAAUCAUUUAGUUAACAUUCAUGAUCAAAUAAAGGUUAAUAAGAUACGAGUGUUUAUUAUGUGACUAAAGAAAUCACCCCUUCCUGUCGUAAGUCAAGAUCUUUUAUUUUUGCAUAACAAAUAUCACUGAAGUCGUAGAGCUCCAAGACAGAAUUUUCUAGGCAGCAUAAAGUCAAACCAGUACAAGUCGACACAAAAGCAGUUUGUUUUUCUCGUCUCCUCAGAGCAGCUCUGACCGGGAGGUGAGAUGCGUAGAAAAGGGGAAAGCACAUUCUUAAAGCAACACAUCACAAGAGCCUCCAUUAAACUGAGAAAACACAAUCCAAAUACACAGGAAAAAAAGGGUUUUGUCCUAACUUCAUAAUUCUGAGUCCAAUAGUUGUAACAGCAAGUUUUGGUUUGAAUCUGCUUUCUCACGGCUUCUUUUAGAAAAAUGUGUAAAUGCCAAAGAAGACACGAUGCACUAGAAAUAUCUGCUCCUGCUUUAAGCUUUUUUUGCCCUAGAAACGGCAUUAUUCAAUAAAUGCUUCCAGAAUGGGUCUUUCCGUCUUCCACUGAAGGGUGUUUAGGUCCAAUGUGUUAGGAGAUGAGCCCUUCAGAAACUAAGGCAACAUUACCAACUUCCUUUUAUUUAUUUUAUUAUUAAAGGGCACAAAAACAAACAUGCAAAACUGUGCGUUCUUUAAGUACAGCCUAAAAAGCAAUGAUAAAAGGAUUAGUGAAAUGUUUCCAGUACUCUGGGUUUACUGCAGUUUUGACAUGAAGCUAAAGGAUCUCAGCUACGCGUUCCACCAAAGCAUAGAAAGGCAACAAGACUGGAAAUCCCACCAGAACGUCUGGAGAGCGGCGGGGGAUUUCUGUACCAAAAAAAAGAGCACAAUCACUCGACGAAAACAUCUGACAGGACACGAGUGCAUACCAAGAAAUCUGAAUAGUGAUCACUUCACAGUUCUCGUCGUGCAGACAACAUUCCAUACCGAGGAUAGAAACAUCGAGCGUGUUCGUCGUCCAGAACAGCCACGGUUAAAAACAUCCAAACACCGAACUGUUUCCCAAUUAAAAGAUAAAUAUGAGUAUUAGUAGUCCCUUUCAAAUACUUCAAGCACAAAUUUAACAGUGACGGUGGUAAAAGAUGGUCUAAAACACUUCAAGGGGAA